AUGCCUAUACGACGUCGAUGCGUGGAAGAGGAUGAUUCCGUUUAUCUCUCCCUGUAUCAGUGUAAACGGACGACCCCGGAACUGUUUCUUACGAUGGCUUCUAUCGUUCAAAUGGGUUCUCGACUAAUCGCAGGUGAGGACGGGGCGGAAAGGGAGGGACAAACGAAAUCACCGCCUUCCCCACAAUCUACGACUCCGUGUAGGCAUUGCCCACCUGGAACCAGUACCACCCCAGAUUCGUGGGAUGAUGCCUUUAUUCUGAUGUUAUCGCCGGACGCGAAUGCAGCAUCUUCGCUGAGGAAUUGGUGGCGCAUGGACGACAGCGCCGAACUUGACGAGGCUGUUUCUAGCAAGACAGAGCCUGAUGUUGACGAUGUUGAACAAAAGCGCAUUUCCUUAGCCCGAUCACGUCACCUGGUCCUGCAUUGUCGUUGUAACGACAACCUGCCGAAACAGCUACUCCACUUAGGCUUCAUCAACUUAGGAAAGUGCUCAGAGGAGAUGGAAGAUUUUGUGAUCGGAGAUGAUGACCUAAUAUACAUUGAAACUCCUCUUCUCGAGGAUAAUUUAAUUUGGACAUAUAAACGGGAGCUGGUGAACGGUCGACAAAAGCGAGGGUAUCGAAGUCGUGUGUGUCAGAAAAUAAAGUCGUUCAUGAAGAUUAAACCAUCAGUCUCUGGGGAAACGCUUUUGCAGUACCCAGCAGAUGCUUUUUCAUCAUGUGGUUUCGAGAUGCGAUGGUCCAGAGAAGAUGAUGAGCUGCUUCUGCAUGUAUAUUUAAAAAAUGCAGUUGUGGGCGAAGUGAAUAUCGUACAUAGGGCUGCUGAUAUAAGAAAAUUGGUCCGAGCCGGUUAUAAUCGCUGUGCCAACACCGUUCUUGGCUUAUUGUAUCCACAAUUUGCUGAGAUGCUUAGAAAUCUGUCGGAUAUGUGGGUGGGACAGCCUUUUAAUGAAGGCCGUGAAAAUUUCGACGCAUUUUUUAAAACAAUCCGUGAAGGGCGCGAGAAUCUUGCCUGUUGUCAGCUAAAUCUUGAUGGCCUUAGCACAACACUUCUUCCUUUCCAAAGAGAUGCAGUUAAUUUUAUGGUAGACAGAGAGAAUUUCGGUACAGUUAACCACUACGAACUGUUGAGAUCUAUUAACUUGCCUGUACAUAACGAUAUUCAGUAUUUUCCUUGCUUAGGUAUUUUUGCACCGCAUAAUGUUGGGGCAUUCACGUCCAUAAACGAAGUCAAAGGUGGAAUACUUGCUGACGAAAUGGGGUUGGGAAAGACUGUUGAAUUGAUAGCUUUGAUUCUCACAAAUACUCUUGAUGCACAAAAAGUGGUCCCAGAUACUAAAGAAAGGGAAAAAUCAACAAGCUUAGCUGUUUUUGAAAGCAAUUUUGACAAGGGCGUGGCUGAUACUGUAGAAUUUCUGACAUCCUCUAUUGUUGCUAUGACUGACACUGAAUAUCUGGCGCCUCCAAAGAAACGAUUCCGAAACACGUCUUCUUACAACAUAAAGAGAAAUACGAGUGUUCAGUGCAGCAUCUGCAGUGUCCGCUGCUGCAUGAGUGAGAUGCAUUGGUCGCGAGAGUAUGAGAGUAGAGGACAAAUGUUCGUAUGCCCUCAAUGUAUUGAGGAUACCAGCCUGGAUUUCGAAGUGUCGGCAACUUUAAUUAUUGUUCCUGAAUCUUUGCUGCACCAGUGGUACGAAGAAAUACGUAGACAUUGCAAGAAAGAAGUGAUUAUUGAUAUUUAUUAUGGAGUCGCGGCGGAAGGAUACAAACAUCCAGUUUUCAUGAAUACAUGUAACAUCAUCCUAUGUACAUAUGAAGCCUUACAGAAGGAGAUCUUUUACGUCCCGUUGAAUGUGUCGGCCAAGGAUCUGCGAAAACGUUCCCAUUCAAAUUUCCAGAACUAUCCGAGUCCUCUUCUGGCUGCAAUUUUUUUUCGAAUCUGCUUAGAUGAAUCUCAGUUAGUGGAAAGCAAAGUGAAAGCUGCAUCUAGGAUGUGCUCUUUCCUUAGAGCUCGUUAUCACUGGUGUGUGAGCGGCACCCCGCUGUCAAAAUCUGUCAAUGAUCUGUUUGGAUUAAUAUCUUCCAUUGGAUUAUUUCCAUAUUAUAUUGAUGCAAUCUGGGAGCAUUAUUUUUUUAAUCCGUGGACUGUUGGAAAGAAAACGGCUAUGAUAAAUUUGAUGGUGCAGUUAUUAUGGAGAAAUACUAAGGAAGACGUUGCAGACCAGCUUGAUAAGAUCAUCCGUGAGGACCGGCUCAUCGAAUUAUCAUUUUCACCUAUCGAGGAGCGUCUAUACUCGACGAAAAUCGAAAGAUCUAAGGAAAAAAUGCAAUCAAUGAUUGAUUCUCUGCUUCAAUAUAACAACCCAAACACUCCAUUAAGUUCACUUCCUUCAGCAACCGUUGAUGCCAUUUUUGCAAUCAUCAAUGAUGUUAGGAUUUCAAUAUUAGCAGGAGAAUCGCAUAGACGCAAGAAAUAUUUGAACUGCGUGUCGGAUUUUCGAAUGUUCUCACCGAAAUUGAUUUUCCGUAAGCUGUUUGAAGAUGCACGGACGUCUGUUAUUCAGAGUCACCGUGAGGUUAUCGCGAAUAGAAAUGCGUUGGCUGGAAUUCAUUGGUUGCUUGGAGACGAUCUCGGUACCCUGAAAUGGUACAAGCAGGCUUACAAUGUAAUUGAAGAACAAAAGGAACUGAAUAUUCUUCUUGGAUUUGUUGAAAAUCUCCAAGAGAACCAUUAUGAGGACAACGAAGAAGUAACCGAGAAUCAAAAUUUGGAUAGUGAGGAAUCUGUAUUGAUAAUGGAUGAAGUAAAGCCGUACAAACCUUUAGUAGUUGAUGCCUUGCAAGUAAUACAUAUUACAAGAAAUGUGAAAGAGCUUGCCCGAACACUCGAUGAUGCAAAGAAGUUUAUAGAGAUGAGCAACUUAGUUUUGCUGGAGGAGAAGUACCACAAACACUAUGUCAGACUUGAAUCUGCAGCGGUUGCUAGAGCCAAGAGAAAAUGGUGUGAAUUGGAUCGAAAAUGGAUUGAUAUCGAUUUUGAGUUCGAUGUUGGUAGGAUGUCGUAUGUGCUCAUGUUAGACAGUCUUGAUGGAUCAUACGCAUUUACAGAGUUCGAGGAAACAGUAUCGUUCCUCAGAAAGCCUCAGAGGCCAAAAAAACCGCUUACUUACUAUGAAGUUCUCCAGUCGUAUGAUGAGGAGAUGUUUUUAUUGCGACGGCUGCUCUUAGAUUUCCGUCGAGCGUUGCAGUUAAUGCUGCUGCCAUUUCAGCCAAAGAGCGAAAAAUGCAACGGUGGAGUGAUAGAAGACAUCUUGGUACCACCGCGUUCCGAUCUGGAAGAAUUUACGGAUAUAUUAGCAUGUGACCACAAUACGUGGUUUCCAACGGAAAUAGUCGCCGUACCGGAGCUUCAACCAUUCAUACCACUACCUUCCGUUAGCACAUGUAUGCGAUGUAAGGUGGAAGCGCUUAUGUCACAAAUUUCUGUGCAUUUAAGCAGGAGAGGAAAAGGGUGGCACGAACUCGUACUGGUUCGAAUGUAUAGAUCAUGCCGUGACGAUGUAAUGAAAAACGUGCAUCCAUUCUAUGAAUUGCUCUUGAAAUGGCUCACAUUCAGUGACAAAAUGCUACGCGUUGGAAAAGAAAUGAUGACAUGCGUGCAAGAAUGGGUGAAUCGGGAGAGAGAGAUUGUUAUGGGAACAAUGCGAUUUCAGUUAGGAAUGAAGGCUCCUGUUCCGUAUUUGCCUCGUUCACUUCCUUUUACCGUGGAUACCUUAGAUAUAGCCGUUGCGAUCUAUGAUCGUGCAGAGUCAGUAGCUGUGAAGACCCUUUCGAGUUCGCUGAGCGCCCUUCGUUAUCUCAACACUUUGCAGCGUGAAAAUCAAAGUGAUCCGAACACGGUGCGUGAAUGUCCUUGUUGCUAUACCGAGUUGAAGGAGAUAUGGAUUGUUUUUCCCUGUGCUCAUAUCGUUUGUACUAAUUGUAUGAAGAAGCUAAAAUCGAUGAUGCCAGUACAAGCGAACAAGGUGCGUUGUAUGUCAUGCCGACAAGUGUUUCCGGUAGAUGGCACCAUGUACGUAGUGGACAAAAACGACGAGUUGGUCCCAGGUGUUCGACUAACUGUUAAGUUCGAGCAAAUUAUACGUCAUUUGAAGAAACUAAUAGAGGAGGAUCCUACAAACAAAGUCCUUGUAUUCACGUCGAUCUCAGCAGCGAUUCCGCCAUUCGCUGCUCUUCUGAGGCUCCUGAAACUUCCUUAUGCAGUUCUAGACAAGGGAUCUAAAUCGAAGACUCUUAGCAAGUUCCGUAGCGAUCCGGAACUGAAGAUACUUGUCAUGCCUUUAAGAAUGGGUGCAAAUGGAUUAAAUUUGACACAAGCUAACCAUGUCUUCUUCAUGGAGCCUAUUACUGAAAUAUCUGUGUUUGCACAGGCAGUUGGACGAAUUGAUCGUAUAGGCCAGCGCCGUGCCAUCACUGUACAUAAUUUUAUCGUGAAAGGCUCAAUCGAGGAAGAAAUCUACGAAAUUGUUAACAGAGGCACAGAACAAAGCAAAUGGACCUUGAAUACCCUCCGUCAAGUUUUCGGUAUUGAGCCUCAGACUGUGGUUGAGACGGAUAUUUUCGCAGUGGAGCUUUAA